CGAUGGAAACUUCGACAUCUAAUUUUAGUUUCUGUUUUUCGUCUCUAACGAACCGUUUGCGCCAAGCACAACGUCGUAAACCACCUUGAUGAUUGACUCCAGCUGGCCAGGAUGGCUAAUUCUAAAAGAAUAACAAUUGGUCAAUUUAUCAACUCACUAAAUCAUUUAACAAACGAUUCUGCUUUUAUGAAAGAAUUCAAUCAACACUCAAGUGUUAGUGAUAGACAUGGGAUGAUUGAAAUGAUUAUGCAGCGUCAAGAAACUUUGGAUUUUAAAAUAAAGAUAUUAUUUAGUGAAAAAGACAACACAAAAGCACGAAAAUUAUUUGAAAAUGCCAGGAAAACAAACGAAAAACUUGAUAAAAUAGCUUCUUUCAUUUCUAAAAUUAAUCUGUUAAAUGAAGCACUUUCAGCUGUGACUAUAAACAGUGAAUUGUUGAUUGAGAUUAUUCUAGCCAGAGCCAAGCUUUGGUUGCAUAUGGAAUUUUAUACGAAGUGUAACAAAGACUGUGAUUAUGCAAUAGAAACAUUGAACAGUGAAGAAUCUAAGAACUAUCAGAACAAAGAAAAAUACAAGACAGAAUUUAAUGAGCUAAAAAUAAAGGCUUUAAAAUUGAUGUAUAAAAGAAAUGAUAGAACAGUGAAAAACAUUAUUGAAAGUCCAUUAAACAUUCCUGAAGUGGAUGGAAAAAGAAAUAAAAAAUUAACAAGCAGUAGUGAUGCUGUAGCAAUGGUGUACAGUCCUCUUAAAGGACGACAUCUUGUUGCAACAAAAAAUAUUAAAGCUGGAAGUGUUUUAAUAGUUGAUGAACCUUUUGCAUUUAGCACUGAUCAACAAGCACUUUCAACUAAUUGUCUCCACUGUCAUCUUUCGCUUCGUCUAGACGAGCAAAUACUGAUUCCAUGCAUCAAUUGUCAGACAGUCGCUUUCUGCUCCACUAAAUGUCGUAAAGAAGCUUGGAAUAAUUAUCAUAAAUAUGAAUGCUCUAUUUUUGAUAAUUUCUUUGAAAAAUCAAAAAGUGAUCAAAGAUCCCAUCUUUUAUUGGCCUACAGAGCAACUGUUGCUAUUGCUGUUGAUAAACAAUCAGCUGCUCUGAAUGAAGAAUUUUUUAAAUAUCAAAAAAAACAAAGCCAAGAGAAUGAAUCCUUAAUGUUUAAUAUAAAUACAGAUAUUUAUGAUCCUUUGGAUUAUAAAACAGUUUAUUCUUUGGAAACUCAUUGUGAUAAAGCCAGUGUGAAAAUUAAUUUUCUGCGAUCAGUAAAAGCUGUCUUUCUAGCAAAAUCUCUUAAUUAUGUUGUAACAGAAAAUAAAGACCAGCAAGACGAUAAAAAAAUAAUUGGAGAAGAUGAAGUUUGUCUAUUAGCAGUAGGAAUGCUUCGUCAUAUGCAAGCUAUCGAUUGCAAUGCUUAUGAAAUAGUAGAAAAUAUUCGAGAUGAAGCAAGCAAAACAUGGGAACCUCGGAAUGUUGGUGGUGCAAUUUACACUACUGUGAGUUUGGUAAAUCAUAGCUGUUAUCCUAAUGUAAUACGACAUUCUUAUCCCCGAGGAAAAGUAGUAGUUCGUGCCUUGAGAUUUAUUGAAAAAGGAACUGAAAUCCUAGAUUGCUAUGGACCACACUUCAUCACUGAUGAUUUUCCAACUCGGCAAAAAUAUCUACAAAACAAAUAUCACUUUACAUGUGUAUGUGAUCCUUGUAAAUUUAAUUGGAAAUUAUCUAUGUCCACUGACCCACAAUUACGUUGUACAGCAUGUGGAUCACCAGUAAAUUCAGUAAAACCACGAUGUCAGUUACCCACGUGUUCUCGUAAAAUCGACAUCAGAAAACAGAAUGACCAAUUAACAAAAUCUAUAAAAAAACGAAUGGCAGCUAUUGGUAAAAUGUAUGACGGUUAUUACUUGCAAGCAUUACCAUUACUUUUAGAGCAUGCUAGUGUAAUAGAUAAAAUUCUGAUUGCUCCGAAUAUUGAAUCCAUUAAAACACAGCAAUCGAUUAUUCAGUGUUAUAAUAGCAUGGGAAAUGUAAGUAAGCAAUUUGUUAAAAGUAUUACUCUAAAAAAUGAAAUGUAAAAGCAAAUGUGUGAUUAUGAUGAUAAAGGCAAUCUAAAAAUCAUAAAAUAUUGCAAUAAACAUAAUAAAAAUGAAAUACAUAUAUUAGGCUAUUUUCUUAUUUGUGCAUAAAAAAAACUGAUUAAUUAUUUAUAAUAUGAAAUAAAAAUAAAGAAAAGACAUAAAAUAGAUACAAUUAAUAACUUACGUGAAAG